UUCCCAAACCCCUAGCCUCUUCUUCUCCUCUCACAAGGGAACGAAACCCUAGUUCCCUGUACAGUUUUUAGGGUUUAAGGCCCAAAAUAUCACCCCUUUCCUCCGACUCGCACAAAUCCUAACCCUCCCUCUGUCUGAUUCUCCAGUCGGUUCUCAUCUGCUGUUUUCGGGCUUCCCCUAUCGAUAUUGUCUGAAGUUUUUUCGAUCCGACGGUUGUUCUGGUGGGAGAUGGCGAGCGGUUCCAGAACCAGCGGUAAUCCAGCGGCGGGAAUAGACGACGGAGUGAGAAAGACGAUUCAGUCGAUAAAGGAAAUUGUGGGUAAUCACUCCGACGCUGAUAUCUACGCCGCCUUGAAGGAAGCUAACAUGGACGCUGACGAGACUGCUCAGAGGCUGCUUCUUCAAGAUCCAUUUCAUGAGGUGAAGAGAAGAAGAGAAAGGAAGAAAGAGGAUGCAGUAUUUGAUCGUCCAGUCAGUGGAGAGAAAUCCUCUGACGAUGUUACAAGAGAAGUGAAAUUUCAAGUACAGCCUGUUCGUAGAGGAGGCUACAGCCGUAGUUAUUUUCCUCGCAGCACUGCGCCUCGUAAUGCAUCUCAUCGGAAUUCUACUGCUGGAACCAACAGAGAGUUUCGUGUUGUUAGGGACAACAGGUCUAGUCAAAAUGCCAAUGGGGAAUUGAAGCCUUCUUCCGCUCAAUCUGCUGUAUCAAACAUUGACAAAAUGCCUGCCAGUGGGAAUGAAAAAGGCUCAGCUGGUGGCUCAGGCAACCGGCAGCCUUCUGGUGGUCAAGAUUCAGUUCAUAUUUCUAAUGGACCAGUUAACACACAAUCUGGGCAGGCUGACAGUGAUGCUCCAUUGCAUGGCUCUAGCCAUAAAGAACUCUCCAAGGAACAGCAGCCAGCACAAGAUGCAACUUUGCUGGCAAGCAAUUCUGUUGUCGGGGUAUAUUCAUCUUCCACUGACCCAGUUCAUGUGCCAUCUCCUGAUUCUAGAUCAUCACCUAUCGGUGCUAUCAGGCGUGAAGUUAGGGGUGGAAGUUUUACCAGAAAACAUUCAGAAAAUGUUUUCAAAGUUUCAUCAGCACCUCUGAGAAAAGAUGGGGCUCCUCCUCAAGCAUACCGACCGUUUUCCCCAAUUUCAAAGAUUGAUCAACUCAAUCAAACUACUAGACGAGAGUCUGUUAUGCUGAGUGCUUCAUCCAAUAAUAGAGCUCUCUCGAAUAGUCACCAUGGCAAUAGGGGCAACCAAUAUCUUAGAACACAGCAGCAAGGUGGUGCUCAUCCAAAGGCUGUCUCACAGAGCAAGGAGUGGAAGCCUAAAUCAAACCAAAAAUAUGGUGGGAAUAAUCCGGGUGUAAUUAGAACUCCUAAAAAGUCACCUGCUGCUCGAGUUGAUAAUUCUGUCAGCCUGGAAUCAGAAUCGGUUAAGUUGCAAGAUAAACUUUCGCAUGUUAAUAUCAGCGAAAGUCAGAACGUUAUCAUUGCGGAACAUAUCCGUGUCCCAGAGACUGAUCGGUGUCAGCUAACAUUUGGUAGCUUUGUGCUGGAGAUUGAUUCUUCCGGGAAUUCAGCAUCUGGAUUCCAGGAAGCAUGCUUGUCAGAAGCACAUGAAUGUGAAUCUGGUUCUAGUUUAUCAGUUGUUCCUCCCGAAGCUUCAAAUGAUGAUGCUCCUAGCACCAAACCUGUUGAUAUUCUCGAUGAUCAAGUCAGAAAUUCGGGAUCUGGCUCUCCAGCCUCGACAUCAUCAGGACAGCAAUUGCCUGAACAAAAAGAGGAAUCUAGAACAUCUCAGAACUUGGAUGAGAUUGCCGGGAUUGAAUUGCUCGGUGGAAAUGGACCACCUUAUACUUCGUCAGAGUCCAAACAGCUGCAAGAUACUCCUGAACUUCAAAAUUUUUCGGCUGGUUAUGAUUUUCCAUACUUCAGACCUUCAAUAGACGAAAACAUACGAAGUCAAGGAUUACCAUCUCCACAAGAGGCGUUUAAUACGAAUGACACCAAUGUCCCUGCGUCCGCAUUUCCCAUAUUGCAGCAACAGCAGCAGCAACAAGCUCAGAUGGCACAGAUUUACCCACAGGUUCAUGUUUCGCAUUUUCCAAAUCUUAUGCCAUACCGUCAGUUCAUCCCCCCGGUUUAUGUUCCUCAAAUGCCUAUACAAGGCUACUCUGGUAACCCGGCAGCAUAUACACACCCUUCGAAUGGCAGCAGUUAUGUGUUGAUGCCUGGAGGCGGUUCUCACCUUGGUGCCAAUGGUAUCAAGUAUGGGAUCCAGCAAUUUAAACCGGUCCCAACUGGCGGUCCUUCGGGUUUUCAGAGCUUCAACAACCCUAACGGAUAUCCCAUCAACUCACCCGGUAAUGCUUCUGGACUCGAGGAAUCUCGUAUGAAGUACAAAGAUGGAAGUUUCUAUGUUCCGAAUCCUCAGGCCGAGAGUUCUGAAAUCUGGAUGCAAAACCCGAGAGAUUUGCAGUCUCCACCGUACUACAAUGUAGCGGCCGGGCAAACGCCUCACGGUGCAUAUAUAUCGAACCAUAUGGCCCAUCCGGCUCAGCCAUCUCAUAUGCAGUUCCAGGGACUUUUCCACCCGGCUCAGCCGGGUGGUGCAAUGGCGAGUCCGCACCAUAUGGGACCGGGUCUGGGUGGUAAUGUUGGAGUUGGAGUUGCUCCUACUCCUGCGGCUCAAGUGGGUAAUUACCAGCAACCUCAACUUGGUCAUAUGAGCUGGCCUACGAAUUUCUGAACAAAAACCUAACCUUUUUUUUUUACAUUUUUGUCUAAUGAAAGAUGAUCAUAACAUAGCUAAAGAAAGUAUUUUUAUUCUCUCUCCUUUGUUGAAACGCCCAAACUCUGUUCAUCUUCUAAUUUCAAUGCAAAUAAAAUCUGUUCAGCUUUAA